CGACACAGAUGACGGACUUUCAUCGCAGAAAUCCCCUCAAAUCUUUACCUUGAAUAAUACCCUCAAUUUUAUAAACGAUGCCCGUCAAAACCUUUAGCUCAUUUGACGAUUUCAAAGCCGUCAUAAACGGAGAGAAGCCCGUCGUUAUCGACUUUUGGGCUACAUGGUGUGGGCCAUGUCGAGUGAUAUCCCCAGUUUUCGAGAAGCUCUCCGACGAUCUGUCUUUUGCCGGAGUGGAAUUUUACAAAGUAGAUGUGGAUGAGCAGGAUCAAAUAUCCCAGGAAGUAGGGGUCAGAGCGAUGCCCACGUUUGCUUUGUUCAGGAAGGGUGAGAAGGUGUCCGAACUUGUAGGUGCACGCCCGCAGGAAUUGCAGUCGCUCGUAGCAAAGGCUCUAACUGAUUGAAAGGCAUCAGUCGGCAUUAGAUGUCAACGGCGGAUUAGAAGGCGUUGAAUAUCAUUAUUCGAAUAUCAAGUAACGCAGAUGGAUUUUAUCGCAACUUCACAACGUGGUCGGUUUUUGCCCCCC